AGCCCGCAGCGCAGCCUCGGGCGUGGCCUCGGCGGGGACCUGCGGCGAUCUCGCACGGCUGGAGGCGGAGUCCGGGCGGGGCACGCGGUCAUCUGACUCGGUGACUCGGCGGCGGCCGCGCUUCCCCGCUCCGAGCCGGGGUGCAGGUCCGGCCGGCAGGCUCGGACUCCACAGAUCUCGCCGAGAGCCGCGGAGCAGCCAUGGAGCCGCGCCCGCUGUCGCCGCGCUGGGAUCGGGGGCUGGGGCUGCUGCUGGGGCUGCUGGCACUGGUGGCCCUGCUGGUGCAGGCCCCGCGCGCCUCGGCCGCCGUGACGCCAGCGCUGUGGCCCCUGCCACUCUCCGUGCGCAUGUCCCCACGCCAGCUCCAGCUCGCCCCCGGGGACUUCCGCAUCGGCCACGGCCCCAAUUCCACCGCGGGCUCCUCCUGCUCCCUGCUGCAGGAGGCGUUUCGGCGAUAUUAUGGCUAUAUUUUUGGGUUCUACAAGUCACGUCAUGGUCAUUCUACAUUUCAAGCUGGAAAACAGUUACAGCAACUUCUUGUCACAAUUGCCCUUGAAUCCCAGUGUGAUUCUUUCCCCAAUGUGUCUUCAGAUGAGUCCUAUACUCUACUUGUGCAAGAACCAGUGGCUUUGCUGAAGGCCAACAGAGUUUGGGGAGCAUUACGAGGUUUAGAGACCUUUAGCCAGUUAGUUUAUCAAGAUUCCUUUGGGGCUUUCACCAUCAAUGAAUCCAGCAUUACUGAUUCUCCACGGUUUCCUCACAGAGGAAUUUUAAUCGAUACUGCCAGGCACUACCUGCCUAUUAAGACUAUUCUUAAAACUCUGGACGCCAUGGCUUUCAACAAGUUUAAUGUUCUCCACUGGCACAUCGUUGAUGACCAGUCUUUCCCUUUCGAGAGCGUCACUUUCCCUCAGUUAAGCAACAAAGGAAGCUAUUCUUUGUCCCAUGUUUAUACACCAAAUGAUGUCCGUACGGUGCUUGAGUAUGCCCGACUAUGGGGGAUUCGAGUCAUACCAGAAUUUGAUAGUCCUGGACAUACACUGUCUUGGGGAAAAGGUCAGGAAAACCUCCUGACUCCGUGUUUCGAAAGCAGAAAUCAGGAACAAGCUGUUGGGCCUAUAAACCCCAUUCUAAAUACAACUUAUAUGUUCCUUAGUGCAUUUUUCAAAGAAAUUAGUACUGUGUUUCCAGAUCAGUUCAUUCAUUUGGGAGGAGAUGAAGUGGAAUUUAUAUGUUGGGCAUCAAAUAAAAAAAUCCAAGAUUUCAUGAAGACAAAAGGCUUUGGCCAAGAUUUUACAAAACUAGAAGCUUUCUAUAUUCAAAAGCUUUUGGACAUUAUUACAGCCCUAAAUAAGGGAUCCAUCGUCUGGCAAGAGGUUUUUGAAAAUAAAGUGCAGCUUCGACCAGGCACAAUAGUUGAAGUGUGGCAAAGCACUAAUUAUCCUGGGAAAUUAAGUGAUGUCACAGCGGCUGGCUUCCCUGUAAUUCUGUCUGCUCCUUGGUACUUAGACUUGAUUAGUUACGGGCAAGAUUGGAAACAUUACUAUGAAGUGGAACCUCUUAAUUUUCAUGGUUCUGAGAAGCAGAAACAGCUCAUUAUUGGUGGAGAAGCUUGUCUAUGGGGAGAAUAUGUGGAUGCAACUAAUCUUAGUCCAAGAUUAUGGCCUCGGGCAAGUGCUGUUGGCGAGAGACUCUGGAGUCCCAAAAAUGUGGUAGACAUCGAUGAUGCCUACAAGAGAUUAACAAGGCACCGCUGCAGAAUGGUCAGACGUGGAAUUUCUGCACAACCUCUCUUUACUGGGUAUUGCAGCCACGAGAACAAAAUGUAAAAAUGAAACAAAACAAGAAGGGAAAGACCACAGCAAUCUGAACUGAAAUCACUUUCAUUUUGAAAUCAUGUAAAUUAAAAUU